ACCGAGCGGAUUCAGUCGAUUUGAGUGAACGUCAGGAGCGGGAUCGAACUGUGGACGAAGUCACCAGGAAGCAGUGGAUAGCUUACCAACCCGAAAGUCCAGCUCGCAACUCCAGCCAAGAUUGCGUAACUGGUAGAAAGUGAAAGCAAAGGCAAAGCGAAAAAAAACAUGUUUUAUACGGUCAUCUGGAUUUUCUGUGCCACUCUGUUGGCCAUCUUGUUUGGAGGAGUUCGGAAGCCCAAGCGAUUUCCGCCCGGACCUGCCUGGUAUCCCAUUGUGGGUAGCGCCCUGCAGGUUUCCCAACUUCGGUGUCGCCUGGGCAUGUUUUGCAAGGUGAUCGAUGUGUUUGCCAGGCAGUAUGUGAAUCCCUAUGGCUUCUAUGGCCUCAAGAUUGGCAAGGAUAAGGUGGUGAUAGCCUAUACGAACGAUGCCAUCAGUGAAAUGAUGACCAACGAAGAUAUUGACGGUCGUCCCGAUGGCAUAUUCUAUCGCCUGAGAACCUUCAAUUCCCGAUUGGGCGUACUUCUGACAGACGGUGAGAUGUGGGUGGAGCAGCGUAGAUUCAUUCUGAGGCAUCUGAAGAACUUUGGCUUUGCUAGAAGUGGCAUGAUGGAUAUAGUGCACAAUGAGGCCACGUGCUUGCUGCAGGACUUGAAGGACAAGGUGCUGAAAUCAGGCGGAAAGCAGACGAGGAUUGAAAUGCACGACCUAACGAGUGUUUAUGUACUGAACACUCUAUGGUGCAUGCUGAGCGGUAGAAGGUAUGAGCCUGGUUCACCGGAGAUUACGCAACUGCUGGAGACAUUCUUUGAGCUCUUCAAAAACAUCGACAUGGUGGGCGCUCUUUUCAGUCACUUUCCCCUGCUCCGAUUCAUAGCUCCCAACUUCUCCGGCUACAAUGGUUUCGUGGAGAGUCACAGAUCUUUGUAUACGUUUAUGAGCAAGGAGAUCGAGCUGCAUCGCUUGACAUAUAAGAACUACGACGAACCGAGGGAUCUGAUGGAUUCGUAUCUGCGUGCCCAGGACGAGGGUAACGAUGAGAAGGGCAUGUUCAGCGAUCAGAGUCUCUUGGCCAUUUGCUUGGAUAUGUUCUUGGCUGGGUCCGAGACCACCAACAAGAGCCUGGGCUUCUGUUUCAUGCACUUGGUGCUGCAGCCUGAAAUCCAGGAGAGAGCCUUUCAGGAGAUCAAGGAGGUCGUGGGUCUGGAGCGCAUACCCGAGUGGUCCCGCGACCGCACCAAGUUGCCCUAUUGCGAGGCUAUCACCUUGGAGGCGGUCAGAAUGUUCAUGCUCCACACGUUCGGCAUACCACAUCGUGCCGUCUGCGAUACUCGAUUGUCGGGAUAUGAAAUUCCAAAGGACACCAUGGUGAUUGCCUGUUUCAGGGGAAUGCUGAUCAACCCAGUCGACUUUCCCGAUCCAGAGUCAUUCAAUCCGGAUAGAUACCUCUUCGAUGGCCAUCUGAAACUACCUGAGGCCUUCAAUCCCUUUGGGUUCGGACGUCAUCGCUGCAUGGGUGACUUGUUGGGGCGACAGAAUCUGUUUAUGUUCACGACCACAGUGCUGCAAAACUUUAAGAUGGUGGCGAUUCCUGGUCAGGUGCCGGAGGAGGUACCGCUCGAGGGAGCCACCGCUGCUGUGAAGCCAUAUGACAUCAUGUUGGUGGCUAGAGAGCAGUAAUAAAGAUUAAGGCGUCUUUCAUGUAAUGCUUUCAAACAUACCUCGACACGGUGAAUAAGGUUAACAAUAUCACUGAAACAUCCUGCAUCUUCCGCUUAAAUCGAAACAUAUGUAUAUUAUCAAAAAUUGAUGGGAUGAGCUGAAAUAAGAAUUUUCAUUUAAAGCCCCUUGCACUUCACGUUCACGUUCAAUAAAAUAUAAAUCAGUUUAUAUUACACAAUUCUCGUUUACAUUGUCUAAUUAAACAUUUAAUUAUCAAUAGCAUUAUAAUUAUUAUUGUUCAUCUGGUUGUUGAUUUGUAGUCUACGAAGUUUUCACUUAGUUCAAUUCCACUCGGUUACUGAGCGAUUCCAACAGAAGCAUUUCUUUAUGCGAUAUACAAAAGAAUGAAUGAAUAUACAAAAAUCUAGCGUACAAAUAAAUAUUGCCACACAAAUGUUCAGUUACACAAUAGAUUAUAAUGUAUAAUGCGAAUGGGUUUUGGCUUUCUCCUCAUCUGUUUGUUAUUUAAAGCUAUUUGUUUAUAUGCAUACGCUAUUGUUAAUGGAAAACAAUUGUUGCUCCUUCGCCUCGACAUCUACAUACGUAUAUAGUUAUUUAAAAAUUGUAAUUUGUGUUCUGUUUUCGUUUUGCUUUUUUCCACGAUUUUUCCUUUAUAUAAUUCUCACUCUGAGCCUGCCGCUAGACACUGGGCUUACAUGAUCUAGAUUUGUGUAUAAAUAUAUAUAUAUAUGCUCGUGUUCGUGUAUAUAAUAUUAUAAAUAUUAUAUAAUAUAAAACUCACAAAGCAAGCCAGCCAAUUGCCGAAAAAAAACUUUCAACUUAGCCGCAUUUUCAAGCACUUCUAUUCAUAAAGUAAAUCUGCAUUUUGAUUCGCGAAACUUAAGUAUCUGCACCCGUGUGAAUGUGGUGAUAUAUAUAAAUAUAUAUAUUGUUUCGAAUAAUAUAAAAGUGAGUUGAAUUACAAUUAUUGGUUGGUUGCUGCUGCACAAAACGUUCUUGGUCCGUGAUUCCCAACGAGCGAGAGGAAGAGUAUGAUUAUUAUUAAUAACAUUGAUUGGUUAGGACUUAAAAUUGAGACGAUAUGAAAUAAAUAAAAAGCGAGUG